AUGGCACUCGUUGCCAUAUUCUGCGGCAUCGCGUACGUGUCUCCUCUUGCUCUAUUCCUCGCGGGCUUUGUUUCAUCUGUGGUGCAUCGAAGCCGUGACGGGCCACAGAUACAAACAAUUCAGGAGAACCCUUCCAGGCAAAAGCGGCGGAAGACAGGAGCAAAAGUGGUGUUUAAUCUCCAAGCCGCAUUGUUAUUAAAUCUGGUAGGAGGAUUGAUGUUGGCAGCAGUCGCAUUUUUGCAGAGCAUUCAUCGAGAUGUCACCAAAGGCCAGGUCGCCCAGGCAAAUAUUGCCUCAACCAUCGCAUCCUUCUUCUACUUUGGGACACAAUUACUCCCGAAUCCAGACCAGGCUUUUCAGCUUCGUUUGGCCGAUCUCUAUGCCUGGAUCGUUGCAAUGGCGUUUGAGAUAACACUGCUAGGGUUAUCAACCAGUAUUCAGCGCUCUCUCGAAACAUCCAUCUAUGUCCAAAGUGCACUACGAGGCAUGCGAGUCGCCUUAUACUUCUCAAUGGUUCUCAGCUACUUGUAUGCAUCUCGGCCGACCAAGAGCGAAGAAGGAACUCCGGACGAGGCGGCUCCUUUCCGUGAUGAUAGCCUGAAUUCUUAUGGCGCCACCAAGGCAGGCUUAAAGGACAAGGCCUACUCACCAGCAGAGCCUUCACAGGUAUCCUGGGUCGAUUAUUUUAUCGAGUUCAAAGUUCUCUUCCCCUUCAUCUGGCCAUCAGACAGCCUUAAGUAUCGGUUAUUGGCGUCCCUCUGCUUUUCGUUGAUGAUAGCGCAACGAAUCGUCAACAUUCUGGUGCCGUACCAGCUUGGAGUCUUGGUCGAAUCCCUAGGACGGUCCACGGUGCCUUAUAAUGCCAUAUUCGGCUAUCUAGGUGUUUUAGCAUUGCAGGGGCAACAAGGUGUCCUAGGUUCUAUCCGGGCGUUGAUCUGGAUCCCGAUCGGACAGUCGCUAUACAGACGACUGACUUGCGCCGCUUUCGAGCAUGUGAUGUGCCUGUCUCUGGAUUUUCACCUCAGCAAGCGGAUCGGCGAGGUCGCCAGUGCGCUCAACAAAGGUGCUGCCAUCAAUACUUUCCUCGAAGCUCUAAUAUUCCAGCUCUUUCCAAUGGUCUUCGACCUUUUCGUUGCCGCAAUUUACUUGUUUAUCCGUUCCGACGCGUUCUAUGCGAUCAUUGUGCUUGUGGUCAUGUGGACUUACUUGUUCGUAACCGUCUACAUGGCUCGGUACAGGGCACUGGCUCGGAGAGAAAUGACCGACAGGAACAGAGAAAUGGAAGCAACAAAGACAGAGGCUAUGCUGUACUACGAAACCGUUCAUCAGAGCUCCGCGCUCGGCGCGGAAUCUCAGCGAUUCCGCGACCGAGUUGAAAAGUAUCAAAAGGCUGAAAACUCGGUCCUGUCUUCCUUGGGCUUGCUCAACAUCGUUCAGAAUCUCCUAUUCACCGUCGGUACAUCGCUUGUUGUGCUGUUGUCAGCAUACAAAAUAUCCAGUGGCGUGCAGACCGUGGGGUUCUUUGUCAGCGUGCUGGCUUAUUUUGUGCAACUUCAAGCUCCACUGGCAUUCUUUGGUAGCUUUUAUACCAUGGUUCAAAGCAACCUCAUCGAUGCGGAGCGGAUGCUCCAGUUGUUCAAGAUGGAGCCAGAAGUGGUGGACAGUCCACAAGCAAAGCCGUUCCGCCGGUGUACUGGAGCUAUCGAAUUCGACUCCGUGAGCUUCAGAUACAAGACCGGGAAAACAGCAUUAAAAAAUGUAUCAUUCUCCGUUCCUCCAGGCACUACCACCGCAAUUGUCGGAGAGAGUGGCAGCGGAAAGUCAACCUGUUUGAAACUAUUGCUCCAGUUCUACGAUGUUGAAUCUGGCUCAAUUCGGGUUGACGGUACAGACGUCUCUGAGCUGAAAAUUGCUGAUUGGCGCGCCUGUAUCGGAGUGGUGCCGCAAGACACCGUCUUAUUUAAUGAAUCAAUUAUGUACAAUGUGCUUUACGCCCGACCGUCGGCAAGCGAACAAGAAGUAUAUGAAGCGUGUAAAGCUGCUAGCUUGCAUGAUCACAUACUCCGUCUGCCAGACGGUUACAACACCUCCGUCGGUGAGCGUGGCCUCAGAUUUUCCGGUGGCGAGAAGCAACGGAUUGCAAUAGCCCGGGCACUUCUCAAGAACCCCAGCAUCAUGCUGUUCGACGAAGCCACCUCAUCUCUCGAUACACAUACUGAGACUCAGAUCCAAAAAGCUUUGGAACAAGUUACUCGAGGCCGCACAACCAUCGCUAUUGCACACCGCUUGUCAACUGUAACUGAGGCUGACCAAAUUCUUGUCAUGCAUCUGGGGGAAAUUGUCCAGAGAGGAACACACCACGAAUUGCUUGCCGUCGAAGGGAGGUACAAAGGGAUGUGGGAACGCCAGAUAAAAGCUGCCGAGGGGGAAUUGCAAAGACAAGAGGGCUCUAUGGCAUUAUGA